UACCUGGCAGCUGAUGUUACCAAGCUACACUCAUUAUUAAUUCAUCUGUUUUUCACCCCAAAGCUCCAGACAGUUGGUUGACUUAGUGUUUGGUCAGGGAAGUUUGGGAAAAGACACUAUUCUUGUUUUUUCGUCAAAGAAGUGCACCAGCGGUGGACCCAACCUGAACAGGAGUCGAUGCAGAACGGGGAGACUAUGAGCCCCAAGGACUCUGAGGAAGCAGGGGCAGAGACCACCGAGGAGCGGAAUGCCCCCCGCCAAAACCAGGGGAGUAUGGAGCCCACAGCGCCUCCUCUUCCUCCUCCUCCUUCACCGCCGCCACCAGGACCACCAGAAUACCUGAGACCCCGGCUUAUCUUCCACACCCAGCUGGCUCACGGGAGCCCGACAGGCCGCAUCCACGGAUUCACCAAUGUCAAAGAGCUGUAUGCCAAGAUCGCAGAGGUGUUCAACAUCUCCCCCUCAGAGAUCCUUUUCUGUACCUUAAACUCUCAUAAAGUGGACAUGCAGAAGCUACUGGGGGGACAGAUUGGACUGGAGGACUUCAUCUUUGCCCAUGUCAGGGGGGAGACAAAAGAAGUGGAGGUGACAAAGACAGAAGAUGCACUGGGUCUCACCAUCACAGACAAUGGAGCUGGAUAUGCUUUCAUUAAGAGGAUAAAAGAAGGCAGCACCAUAGACCAGCUGAAGACAGUAUGCGUCGGCGAUCACAUUGAAGCCAUCAAUGACCAGAGUAUUGUCGGGUGUCGACACUAUGAGGUGGCUAAGAUGUUAAAAGAGCAACCUAGAAGCAUACCCUUCACCCUGCGCCUCGUGGAACCCAAAAAGGCUUUCGAUAUGAUUGGAAUGAGGACCAAGGCGCCAAAAUCCAAUGAAGGCAAGAUGGUGAACGGGAGGGAGACGCUGCGACUUCGCUCAAAGGGCGCUGCUACAGUUCAAGAAGUGCAGAACGAGUUUGAAGAGCAGGCCACCAAAAAAGUGGACGACCUGCUGGAAAGCUACAUGGGUAUCAGAGACGUGGAGCUCGCAACAACCAUAGUGGAAGCAGGAAAGGACAAGAAGAGUCCGGACGACUUUGCUGAAGCGUUGGAUUCAGUUCUUGGGGAUUUUGCUUUUCCUGAUGUGUUCAUGUUUGAUGUUUGGGGUGCUAUCAGAGACGUCAAAAAUGGCAAACUUUAGACACAUAAAGAAAAAAAAAGCUUUAGUAGUGUUAUAUUUAUCUGUAAAAAAACCCAAGAAUUAUUGUAUUCUGUUCUUCGUCCUCGGUUUGACUUCUAAACUCUAUUUAUCAUAAAGAUAGUUUCUAACAGUUCAUCUCUGGUCAGUCAAACUUAAGAUUAUUUUAUUCUGAAUGUAAAAAAGCAACAGAAAACUGCAGAGCAGUUUCACAUCCAUCUUUAUUGUCGUGUGGUUUCAUUUACUCGUCAGUGACAGAUGAUGAAAUGUUCAGUCCAGCAUUUUCUGAUUCACAACAGCAUUUCCUUUUUUCAUGUUUGAUUAAAGAUAAUAGUUUACACAUA